AUGUCGGAAGGACAAGAACCAAUUCCGCAAGACGCGAGUCAGAAGAAGGAGGCAGCGCAGUUAGCGCCUUCAAUAGAUGGAAGUCAAAGGCGGGAACCGAGUCCGAGAAACACGGGCGCGGGACCGUCAAGUAGUUUGAGAUCCAAAGCCAAGAACACUUUAGACGUUAUUUUGCUUGAGUUCAUAGCAACUAGCGACCGUCUUAGCAAAUUUGAAAGCCAGAUAUUUACGGCAUCCUCUUCCGAGCCUAAUUUGUUUACCGUAAAGAUCCGUCUGGAUCAGAUACAAUCCUUAUGGGAAAAGGUUGAACGGGAGUAUGAAACCGCUUCCAAAGCAGCUCUUCGCGAAGGAGGUAGCGGAAAUCUUCCGUUACUGCAAAACAAAUAUGAGCACUGCUAUGCGGUGUUCGAAAGAUGUGCUGCGAAGCUAAAUGAAGACAUCGACCCCGUAACAACAAGAGUCACAGGGCUCAACCAAGCCAAUUCCGGUGUCUCACAAAAAAUGUGUCAUUUCCAGAUGGGCACUCCGGCCAAACCUAUGCUCAAGAUCGACACGACGGCGUUUGUGCUGCCGAACCUGGCCGGCAAUCUUCCGACAAGCACAAUUGAUCGAAACAUCCUCGAUAGGCUGCCAAAUAUGCCAUUGGCAGAUCCGUCGUUUUUCCAGCCGUCUCAGAUAGACCUUCUUCUAGGUGCGGAUAUUCUUCCGUCUGUCCUGCUAUCGGGCUGGAGGCCAAACAUAUCCAUAGAGUCCGAAGUAACCAUGGAAACACUUCUCACAAAAUUUUGGGAGGUGGAGGACCUUCCAUGUAGACUGGUAAAGGAGACGGACAAGUUGUGUGAAGACUUUUUCGUCCGAACAACUACCAGAUCCUGCGACGGGAAAUAUAUAGUAUCCCUGCCCUUCAAAUAUUCAGAGCACAUUGACUUGGGGCAUUCCAGGAGUUCCGCACUCGCACAGUUUCUGAGUAAUGAGACUCGCUUGAAGAAGGAGCCGGCUCUCAAAGACACUUAUGACUCAGUGAUCCAAGAAUAUAUCGAUCUUGGACAUAUGAAGCCGGUGCCUCCGAAUACCGACAAGAUAAAUUUCUAUCUCCCCCAUCAUGCAGUAUUUAAGCCCGAAAGUGCGACCACGAAAGUUCGCGUAGUUUUCAACGCAUCCAGUCCUUCUUCCAAUGGGAACAGCCUUAAUGACAUUCUGUAUCCAGGGCCAGUACUGCAGUCCGAUCUCACUCUUCAAAUCCUGAAGUGGCGGACGUUUAAAUUCGUUUUCAAUGCCGACAUCACCAAGAUGUAUCGGCAAAUUCUCCUAAACCAAGAGCACACUCCGUUUCAGAGAAUUCUCUUUCGAAAUGGCCAAGGGGAUAUAUCCGACUUCGAGCUUCAGAUGGUCACGUUUGGAGUGAAUUGUGCCCCUUUCCUGGCCCUACGAACACUGCAACAAUUGUCCGACGAUGUCAACGCCCAAUAUCCACGGGCGUCGCAUAUAAUUUCAAAUUAUAUGUAUGUCGACGAUGUGCUAGCAGGAGCCCAUACAGAGGCUGAAGCUAUUUUAGCUAUUCGGGAGCUGCAAGCAGCUCUGGACUCAGCUGGAUUCCCUCUCCGCAAGUGGACAUCGAAUGAACGUGCACUCCUUAAAGCACUUCCUAAAGAGCAUCUACUUUCGACUGAUUUUCUUGAUCUCGAAGAGGUCAGCACCACUAAGACAUUGGGAGUACGGUGGAACGCUACGACGGAUGAGUUCUAUUUUGUCCCAACAGAGGUCACCAUUCAGGCAAACUAUUCGAAACGCGACGUCUUAUCCCAAAUCGCGAAAUUGUUCGACCCAGCUGGGUGGCUCUCCCCAUUUGUGGUUCAGGCCAAAAUCCUGAUGCAGGAUAUCUGGUUAGCCAGCGUCGAAUGGGAUGAGUUUCUUCCUGCAGAACUACUACAUCGCUGGCAUGAUUUCCUUCGGAGCUACAGUUUCCUCCACCAAGUUCGCAUCCCGCGUUGGGUACAUUUUCAACCAGGUGUACAAGUCCAAAUCCAUGGUUUCUGUGAUGCCUCCCAAAAGGCUUAUGGCGCAGCGAUUUACGUGCGCAUCCAGCGUGAUGGAAUCAUUUCAUCAAAUCUUCUAACGUCAAAGACCAAAGUCGCUCCGGUAAAAACCGUCUCGCUCCCGCGUCUAGAACUGUGUGGAGCCGUCCUUCUGGCAGACUUCCACCAUGUCAGUGGACGACCUUCGUCGCAAAAUACUGAUGCCAGCCAGUGGUCUCACGUGCGUUCCGAGCACAACCCAGCAGAUCUAGCCAGUCGUGAAGUAGCGGCUGAAGAGUUAGCUACCAGUGAGCUAUGGUGGCAUGGGCCUUCAUGGCUAACUCAGCCACAAGACUCCUGGCCUGCACCUUAUGAAUCAGUUCCCGACAUCCACAUCGAGAAGCGACCCCUACGUUGCCAUUUAGCAUGCCCGGAGCAGGACAUGCUUGAGCGGUUCUCCAAGCUCGAUAAGGCACUACGAGUUUUCGCCUAUGUUCAGCGCUUCAUACAGCGCUCGCAAAAACGACCUAUUCCAGGCGAGCUGCAGCUAUCCAAUACAGAGAUUUCCACAGCUGAGCGACUCCUAAUUUUCAUAACACAGCGCAGAUACUUUGCGCUUGAAUAUGCCUGCCUGAGCCAAAAGCGGCCAAUUCCAGCAUCCAGUUCUAUUAAGAACAUGAAUCCCUUCCUUGAUCCUCACGGCCUCAUCAGGGCGUGUGGUCGGGUGACGGCCUCCGAAGUCCUCCAAUAUGAUGAACGGCAUCCGAUCUUUCUUCCAUACAACUGUCAGUUGGCGCGUCUCCUUGUAUCCUUUACGCAUCGCAUCUCCUUGCACGGCGGUAAUCAGCUAAUGGUACGCCUGAUCCGCUCAAAAUUCUGGAUACCAAGGGUCAAGAACUUAAUCAAGUCUGUAAUUUUCUCCUGCAAAAUAUGUGUGAUCCACAAAAAGAAGUUGCAGACCCAACUCAUGGGCGAAUUACCAAAAGAAAGAACGUCCUUUUCGCGGCCUUUUACGUACACGGGCAUGGAUUAUGCCGGACCGUUUGAUAUAAAGAACUACACCGGGAGAGCCUGCCUGAUUACCAAGGGCUAUGUGCUGGUGUUUGUAUGUUUCUCCACGAAGGCCAUCCAUUUAGAGCCUACUUCGGACCUCACAACAGAGAAAUUUCUCGCAGCAUUCGCCCGAUUCGUUUCGCGGAGAGGGUGCCCUCGACAAGUUCAGUCGGACAAUGGGAAGACCUUUGUUGGUGCAGCCGCAGUGCUGUCGCGUGAAUUUCUGCAAGCUGUCAAGGAGUCCGUGACGAAUGCUUAUAGUCACCAGGAACUCCUGUGGCAAUUCAUACCACCAGGAGCCCCGCACAUGGGAGGAUUAUGGGAAGCUGGAGUUAAAAGCUUCAAGACGCUGUUUUAUAAAUCCACAGCCACUCGAAAGUAUACGUUCGAAGAACUUUCCACAUUGCUGGCCAAGAUUGAGGCCUGUCUAAAUUCGCGUCCACUCGCCCCGAUGUCCGAAGACCCCACAGACUUGUUCGCACUCACGCCAGGUCAUUUUCUAGUAGGUGGACCCCUUCUCGCCACCGUCGAACCCGAAAUUAAGGGUGCGUCCACUUCUAUUAUCAACCGGUGGCAGCACCUUAAGGCCCUUCAUCAGCAAUUCCGCCUGAGAUGGAAGGAACAGUACCUUAAGGAGCUCCACAAGCGAACAAAGUGGCAAGUCCCCACAAGAAAUCUCGAGGUGGGCGAGAUGGUUAUAAUUAAGGACGAUAAUCUGCCAUCCACUGAGUGGCAGCUCGGCAGGAUUGACUCCGUGUUUCCCGGACCCGAUGGUCAUGUCCGACGCCGUCGAAAUGGAGAGCAGACGUACACGAGGUAUAAAUUCCUACCGUUGCCGAGUCUGCCACGGAGUCCACCCUCUACGGAGGUGCCGCAGAUUCUUGCGGCUGAGCAUCGAAAAGAGGCUCCGCGCGGUAAUCGCGAAUCGCUAUUGCGCCAACUGCUUGGCUCACGAGCAUUCGGAUGGAGCGUGCCGCCGUGCCGAUAG